AUCAUGUAAUCAGAAUCAUCUGCAACUGGCAAAAAGUAAGAGUAGCACGAUCUGGUUCACUGACAACGACUACAUCCUCUAAGUUAACAAAUGGUCCUUGGUUUGGAAUGGCAGCAAGUUUAUAACAGUUAACAUUAUAUAGAAAGAAAGCUUUGUUUUUAAGUGUCGGCAUUAACCCAAAAAAUCAUCAUGCGUUUUUCGUUGUCAUUUAUGAUGAUUAGUAUGGCAGGGGUUGUGAUAAUAAUUUUACUAAUGUUGCAUACAGUCAGUCAAAAGUCAUCCGGGCCACCAAUCAUCGUCAUCAAUGAUAAUUCCAACAAAGACUUCAGUCUUCCAUUCAACCAGCGAAGAAAGCACGUAGUCGGUGCACAAGCAUUCCAGCCACGAGAAAUUGUACAGAAGCACAACGAGUCAUAUGAUUACAAGGAAGUUCUGGCCAAGCUAAAUGCUGACCAUGCUGCAAUGGAUGAACCCCGUCUUAUUGAAAUCAUCCGAAAUCAUUUCAUCGUCCCACCAUCGAAAGAGCAAUACAAUCUUAAAAAUCCUGACAGAUUGGACUAUUCCAAUGGACAAACACCUUUCAUUGACAGUCGUUUGAACUACAUUGAAGGAGGAUUCUAUGUUGAAUGUGGGGCUCUAAACGGGGAACAAGGAUCAAACAGUUUAUUUUUUGAGAAAGUCAGAAAAUGGAAUGGACUACUUAUAGAAGCUGAUCCCUCGAACUAUGAUGCCUUGACGACAAAACACCGGAAAGCUUUCACAAUGCAUGCCUGUCUCAACCCCAGACCAUACCCCGCAGUUAUGACGUUUAACAAAGCCUUCAAUAGGGGAAGAGUGGUGCAUGACCAGGAGGCCAGAAAUUGGAUCAAGAAACAAAACAUUCAGGCUGACCCAGUACAAGUACAGUGUUUGCCAUUAUACUCUAUAUUACUGGCCCUCAACCAAACUACCGUGGACUUUUUCAGUCUGGAUGUCGAGGGAGACGAACUUAAUGUACUCAAGACCAUUCCCUUUGACAAGGUUAACAUUAAAAUGUUGACUGUAGAAUAUGUCCAUGAUACUGGUCGGUUUUCAGAGUUGCAAUCAUACAUGGAAGGAAAGGGGUAUGACACACUUCUCCGAAUGCAAAGGGAUGAUGGUUCAGUAAACGAUAUUAUUUUUAGAAAGAAAGAAUUAACCCACUAAGUUCUGUAAGGUUUUAACAUUUUUUCUGUGGUGGUACUUUUAAUUUCGAGAACAUGGUAAUGUUAAAAUGAAAUUGCAGUUAGGUUUAGCCAUGUAUUUAAGGUAUAAUACCACAUGACUAAAUGUACACAGUUGAUAAUAACUCUAUAGGUUGUUAUGAAAAUGCAAGAGAGCAGCCUGUGAAUUUGAAGAAUGAGUAAUAAAUGAUAUAAUGGAAUACUGUAUUUUAAGAAAAUUAAAAAAAAAAAAUUUAGUCAUCAGGUUAAGAUUAUCAUUAAUGCUGUAUUUUGUUUAUAUCAAAACAUACAUUAAUCCUUUAGUGUAGCUUUUUGAAAGUUUUCAAGAAUUUUCCCCAGUCUUUAAUUUUCAACAUUCCCAAUCUUGUAUUUCAUCCUAUAUGGUACAUUGUAAAUCUCACAAAGAUUUUCAUUUUUUUUUGUCUUAAUGUUAAUUUGUUGUCGACUUUCUAUAUAGUAACUUAUUAUACAUCAUUCACAUCCUUACUUAUUAUACAUUAUUCACAUCCAUUUCCAUUUAAAGAUUUUUAUAUGAGUCUCAAGUUUAAUUAGAUAUACAUAUAUUUGCAUGAUUAUUACAUCUAAAAAUUCUCAACAAAAAGUAUUAAAUGAAUGUGUUAAUAUUCAGUUUACAACUUUCAGGAAAGAGGAUUGCUAUCAUGUGAUUUCAGUGAUUUUUUUAUCCCAAUUUUAUUGCCGAAAAUGGGUAUACUUUCCCCUUCCCCAACUAACCUUAACCCACAUUGGUAUACUAGAUAAUACAUUCUUUGAUGAUAUUAGUAAUUUAAUGCAGCCUACGUUCAAUUAUGAUUCAUUACAAACAGAAUUAAAUGGUAACUGUAAUUUGAAAAAAAAUGCCAUAAAUUACAACGAGAAAAGAUAGCAAGCUGGUGCAAUUUUUCAUUUGCUCUCACAAGUCAUUGGAAGAUAUUUGCAAAAAUAUUUUUUUGAAAAUUAAAGUCAUAUGAAGUAUUUAUUAUAACCCUUUUUCCAUAUCAAGACUUUCAGGUAUUAUUAGAUCACUAUCGAUGAGAAAAAGAUCUGACUGGUGUGUGUGUGUGAGAUAGUCUGUCCGUCCAUUCCUCCACACUUUGGCUUCCACAAGUUUUCAUGUCUGCCGGUGCAUGUUUUUUUUUAUCUAAAAUCAAACUUUGUCAGUGUUAUGAUAUACAAAGAGUAUGAUUUAGUUUGAUAGGUAUUUAAUCUUAUCAAAUCUUGGUUUUUUUUUCAUUUGAUCAGCGUGCUAUAUUCUGAUUGGGUGAGUGUUGAUGAAUAAAAUUUUAAUCAAAUCAGAUUCUGUUGAAACAAAAAUGUUUUAUGUGUAUAUAAUUUUAAUAAAGUUAUUUCCUGAAGAGAAAAUAUAUAUAUGAUCCUAGUAAAUUUUAGCUGCUUCCUUACCACUUAGCUUGGGAGAAUUUCUUAUUUGGAAGUUUGAUGGUGUAUUUGGACAGGGGUCUCUGGUUCGAUCACCAAGGAAGUAAUUCAAGAAAAUACAAAUACAUUACAUUAUAACAACGUUAUUCUUGGCUCUCACCAGCAUUCAAGCUUACCGCUAUACCAUCUGUGAAAGAUAAGAAUGUAUGAAUGGCAAUUGGAAGCUGUAAAGACAUGAAAUACUUGCCACAAAUCUCAUUCCACAUGGGUCGCCCAGUUUCUUUAUUUUAGAUUCUUAUUAUGCCAUUUGUGUAAAACAUUGUGAUAUGAAUUAUCAAUGUAUGUGUAAUGUGUUCUCACUUCUGAUGCAGUGUAAUUUUUUUUUUCACAUUCUUGCGAAAACUUUUUAAGACUACAUGAAGUUAAUUUUGACAGUGUUUUAGGGUAAAUCAGGGUGCCUCAUGUGUAACAAUUUUUAUUAUUGAGUAAAGGGUAUCCUUUCUGUACAAAGAGGUAUUCACUCGUAUAUGGAAGUUUGUUAUGAGCUUGAUUCAGAGAGAGGUGGAU